UGGGCCGGCCCCCACUUUCUUUUUAAAAACGCUCUUUUCUCAUUCUCACCUGAUUUCCUCCUCCCUUUUCUGGCCAUUCUUUGUCCUCUUCCUGGUUUUCACAUGUUAAGAGUUUUGAGGACUCAGCCUUAGGUCCUCUUCAUUCUAUACAGUCUCUUGUCCCUGGCAUUUUUGUCCACUCCUAUGGUUUUAUUCACUGCCUUUUUCCAAGUUCUCAAAACUGCUUGCAGGUCUUACAUACUUUACAGGCUCCCCAAAUCUGGAAUGUCCACUACCGGUUCUCCAGCAUAGACCAUCUUAGCAAAAGGCCCACACGCACCUUUAGUACCCCCUUCUCCUCCUCCCAGUCCUCAUCUACAGUUGAUCAGAUGUCCAUACAUUUCCAAAUAUGUUCACCUAUCCUCCAUGCCUCUGCCCUGGUCCCAGCCAUCGCGGUACACUCAGAUAGCCUCCUGACCGGUCCCCCGCCUCCACUUUUGUUCUUACUCAAUUCAGUUGCCACACGGUGGCCACAGUGACCUUCAGAUACACAUUUGAAUAUCACAUUUUACUCUUUGGAAUUACCAUGAAGUCCAAAAUCCUCAACAUGUGCCAACUCACAAGUCUAUGCAUAAAUUGUAUCCUGCCCACCUUUUCACCAUCAUAAACCACUCCAAUCCUUCUCUGCUGUCCAGCCAUGUGGGUUCUUUCUGCCUGGAAAGUGACCCACGCCCCACGAUCUUACCUCCAAGGAUUCUAUGUCAAUGUCCCUCUUAGAUCAUCACCUCCCCACUCCCAAUUCUGGUCACAGUCGUAGUUGGUCGUCUACUUCCCCUGCACCAUAGCCUAAGCUCCGUGAGGGCAGUGGGCUUGUCUCUCCUGCUCACCAUCAUGUACAUCGUCUUGGUCCCAGAUAUUUAACAUACGUUUGUCCAAAAAACUUAGAAAAAAAGGGAUAGCGAGGGGACAGACGGGUGUGGCGGGUAGGACAGACAGAGAUGGAAGGAGGUGCAGCAGACUGAGGUCGCAAUAGGAGGGGUCGCAAACAGGACAGACCGAUGGGGGAGGAGGGUAGAGCAGCCAGACAGAAGCCGCAUCAUAUGCAGCGGCCGCAGCGCCAGGAGGCGAGCUCAUGCUGGGCCGCGCCUCCGCAGGGGGCGUCCGUCGCCUGGGGCGUGGCCUCGCGCAGCCCCGCCCUCCUUGCCAGCGACCUGGCGGGCGGGCGGGCGGCUCGCAGCGGUGGCGCCGACAUGGCUGCGCUGGUGGAGCCGCUGGGGCUGGAGCGGGACGUGUCCCGGGCGGUGGAGCUCCUCGAGCGGCUCCAGCGCAGCGGGGAGCUGCCCCCGCAGAAGCUGCAGGCCCUCCAGCGCGUCCUGCAGAGCCGCUUCUGCUCUGCCAUCCGGGAGGUGUAUGAGCAGCUCUAUGACACGCUGGAUAUCACCGGCAGCGCUGAGAUCCGGGCCCAUGCCACAGCCAAGGCUACAGUUGCUGCCUUCACAGCCAGUGAGGGUCAUGCACAUCCCAGGGUAGUGGAGCUGCCCAAGACAGACGAGGGACUGGGCUUCAACAUCAUGGGGGGCAAGGAGCAGAACUCGCCCAUCUACAUCUCCCGUGUCAUUCCUGGGGGUGUGGCUGACCGCCACGGAGGCCUCAAGCGUGGGGACCAGCUGCUGUCAGUGAAUGGUGUGAGCGUUGAGGGUGAGCAGCACGAGAAGGCAGUGGAGCUGCUGAAGGCGGCCCAAGGCUCCGUGAAGCUGGUGGUGCGUUACACACCACGUGUGCUGGAGGAGAUGGAGGCCCGCUUUGAGAAGAUGCGCUCAGCCCGCCGGCGUCAGCAGCACCAGAGCUACUCGUCCUUGGAGUCUCGAGGCUGAAACCACAGAUCUGGACCCUCCCGUCACCCCCUCCCCUGUACAGUAUUUAUUGUCACCAGCUCCUUAUUUAAAGAUCUUUGACCCUCA